AUGGUGAAAUUAGGAUUAUACAUUAAGGCUGAUCUCGAGAAUGUUACUGAUCUCGUUCCCGUUGAGGAUUACGAAUGGCAUUUCAAGGUUGAAUGUACAAGCUGCCAUGAGGUUGAUGACUCUUGGAUUUCUUUCAAUCAACAGGAUGAAUAUGACAUGAAUUCUUCUCGUGGUACUGCCAACUUGGUAAUGCGUUGCAAAUUUUGUAAGCGUGACCUUACUGCUCAAUUCGAACCUUCUUUCAAGAUUAAAAAGUAUGAUGUGGAGCAAAACGGCAAAUUUCAACAAAUUGCUCAAUUUGACUGCCGUGGUUUAGAGUUGGUUGAUUUUCAACCAAGAGAUUCUUGGACAUGUAAAGGUACUGAAUCAGGCACCGUUUUUGAAGAGAUUGAUCUUUGCGAGGAUGAAUGGGCGGAAUAUGAUGAAAAGUCUGGAGAGCCCGUUGGCAUUAGCAACAUUCAAGUCGAAUUCAGAAAGGAGAAAUAG